CGCGCGAGCCUGGAACAGAGCCGUACCGCAACGCAACGGCGAGCUCAAGCAACCGCCGACAAAGCUUGCCUCUGUCCCGCCGCAACCCCCAACUCGCACAGCCGACAGUAACGUCUGUUGAGCAACCAGGAUAUACAAUGGCGGCAAGAGGUCUGGGGUUCAUUUAUUCGGCCGCCGUUCCGGCGGCGGUCGGCUACGGCCUGAUUCAAGCGUCCAUGUACGACGUCAAAGGCGGCACGCGUGCUGUCAUCUUCGACCGGCUGUCGGGUGUCAAGGAUACGGUGGUCAAUGAGGGCACGCAUUUCCUCAUUCCCUGGCUUCAGAAGGCCAUCAUCUUCGACGUCCGGACCAAGCCGCGCAUCAUCCCGACGACGACGGGUAGCAAGGAUCUGCAAAUGGUCAGCCUGACACUCAGAGUGCUGCACCGGCCCGAGGUGCAGGCACUCCCCAAGAUCUAUCAGUCCCUCGGCCAAGACUACGACGAACGUGUGCUCCCCUCGAUCGGCAACGAAGUGCUCAAGUCCAUCGUGGCGCAGUUCGACGCGGCCGAGCUCAUCACGCAGCGUGAGGCGGUCUCGCAGCGGAUCCGGCAGGACCUGAUGAAGCGGGCGCGCGAGUUCAACAUUGCGCUCGAGGACGUGUCCAUCACGCACAUGACGUUCGGCAAGGAGUUCACCAAGGCGGUUGAGCAGAAGCAGAUUGCCCAGCAGGACGCCGAGCGGGCACGCUUCAUCGUCGAGAAGGCCGAGCAGGAGCGCCAGGCCAACGUCAUCCGCGCCGAGGGCGAGGCCGAGAGUGCCGACAUCAUUAGCAAGGCCAUCGCCAAGUCGGGCGACGGCCUGAUCCAGAUCCGCAAGAUCGAGGCGAGCAGGGAAAUUGCGCAGACGCUGGCGAGCAACCCGAACGUCGCGUACCUGCCGGGCGGCGGCAAGGGGACAAACCUGUUGAUGAACGUGGGGAGGCCAUAGGCGAGUAGGACAGGGCGGGGGCGAUUAGGGUGUGAUGAAACGAUAUCUGACGAGGAGCUGUGUACUACUAACUCUAUGACUUCUGUUUAUUCCCCGCUUCGAAUUGGCAUGAAAAUAGGA